AUGCAUCGCUCCUACGAAGCCCGCUCGGGUUCGGGCUCUCCCGACCACAGCAACAGCAGUGCCUUCAGCCCUAACGCAAACCCCAACGAGGACUGGACCAAGCUUCCACAGGAGAGAACAUUUGCAUCGAGCGUCUCUUUGCUCGACAACCUUCCCACAAGCUACCAUUUCUACGGCAUACCUCAAUGCUCGGCGAACACAGACAAUGCGCUGUUUGAAACAACUACGCAGCUCGAUAUGGAUCAGACCGCUUGGAGGAGCCAGCCGGGCAUCGCGGAAGAUGAUCUGAUCAAUAUGGAAACUUCUGAGGCCCAUCAAUGGCUUUCAAGUGACACUGCUGCAGGAAGCGAUGCCACAUCCCACGAUUUUCCAAUAGCUUCAGCAGAGAAGCAAAUGCCCGAAGGCAUGGAGAACAAGAAACAAAAGAUCAACCGAUCUGGCCGUGACUAUUCUUGUGGUACUCUGACAUUGUAA